AUGACAUCUGCUAAACAGUGGCUUCUGACCGGUUUGGUGCUUGUGUUCAUUUACGGAGCAGCUGAAAGCAAAAAGACUUAUAAAUGCCCUUCAGGAUGUACGUGCACCAAGGAGACCAUCAUCUGUGUCGGAACCUCACAGAUCCCCAAGACUAUACCGAGCGAGAUCAACUCACUGUGAGUAACAGUAACAGUUUAGUAGGUGAAUUAUCCUGAUUCUCUCUAUUUCACAUAAAUCAAAACAGACGGUUUUGUGUUCAAGGAGACAAGCGUCUGUCCUGUGCCUUCUGCCCCGCAGAGUUGGCUCCUGAUGUGUCUGGUACAGAGUGUCGAGAUGUCCCAGCACGAGUCUGACUUUGAUUUAAUGUGUUUCUCUUGCAGGAGUGUAGUGAAUGGAUCUAUUUCUGAAGUCACUGAGGGGAUGUUUUCUCUAAUGCCUUCUCUUCAGCUGCUGUGAGUGCAAUAUCUCUUUUAACUACUGAUCAAUAUUUGACAAACAGUGCAACACAAAUAGCACAUAAAGUCAAUGUUAUCAGUAAUGCAAACGUUUUCUGUCCACUACAAUGGGACAAUGUGAAAUAAGCAUCUAAAUUAUGGGGUGCCCAAUGUAAAGAUUCAGUCACUGUUUAAUAGGUGAUAUUUUGUGAAGAUUUAGCUCACUUCUCUCACAUUUAGCUCGUUUUUAAUUCAUUUGAGACAAAAAUGCUGUAAAACAGUAUGUUGUUUUUAUAUGUGUAGAUGGGAAAAAAUAAAUCUAAAUCUAAAUGUAAGAUAUAAAUCAAAACGUUAAAUAUAAAUAUUAAAUCUAAAUGUUAAAUAUAAAUCAAAAUGUUAAAUAUUAAUGUUAAAUCUAAAUGUUAAAUAUAAAUCAAAAUGUUAAAUAUAAAUGUUGAAUAUAAAUCUAAAUGUUAAAUCUAAAUCUAAAUCAAAAUGUUAAAUAUAAAUCUAGAUGUUAAAUCUAAAUUGUAAUGUUAACUCUAAAUCCAAAUCUAAAUCUAAAUCUAAAUGUUAUAUCUAGAUUUAAAUCAAGAUGUUAAAUAAAAUUUGUUAUUGUUAAUUCUAAAUCGAAUUGUUAAAUCUAAAUGUUAAAUAAAAAUCUAAAUGUUAAAUCUAAAUCUUAAUUUAUAGUUUGAGAUAUAGCAUUUAUAUCUAUAUUUAUUUUUUCACAUCUACACAUUUUAAAAAAAUAAAAAGAACAUGUUGUUUUACAUCAAUCUCGGUCUCAAAUGAAAGAAAAAUGAGAUAAAUGUGAGAAAAGUGAACUAAAUCUUUACAAAAUGUCACUUGUUAAACAGGAACUGAAUUUUUACAUUCGGCGCCCCAUAUUAAAUGUCCUGGUUACUCAUUUUUAUUUAUUUAUUUAUUUAUUUUUGAUCAGACUUCUAAAUGCAAACUCUUUGACUACAAUCAAAGAUGACGCUUUCUCUGGACUUCCGCACCUGGAAUAUUUGUGAGUAUUUUUUCUUCUUUCUUUUUUUCUUUCUUUCUUGAUUUAUUCCAGCCAAGGCAGUUUCUCAAUUUGACAAAAUCAUGUCACAUUGCAACAUUUCUUAUCCAUUGGUUGGAAGGGAGCAGGGAGAAGAAACAUCUUAUAUUACCUGCCCCUUACUCAAAGCUUUAUUGUUCUAAUAAUUUAUCACUGAGCAACUUUCAUACCACAAAACAAAACAAAACAAAACAAAACAAUAACAACAAAACAAACAGAACAGAGUUUCAAAUUGACUUAUUGGUCACUGAGCUAUACUGUAGUCAUACCAUGAAGUAAACAAAACAAGCAUAAAAAUAAAUAUAAAUAAAAGACAGACAGAUUUUGACAGACUUUCUUACUUUAACACAACAUAUAAGUAUUAAAGACUUUUGAAUAAAUUACACAUUCACAAAAGAAUUAUGUCAAACAUUAUUGGCUUCAUUAUAUUACAUUUUUAAUACAACUAUAAAUACACCUACAAGAUUCCCUUUAACCCCCACAUUUAACUUCUUAACAUCAGCAUUAGACUAGAAACCUUCAGAUUCAGUGAUUCAAAAACCCUGUACAUUUUUAUCAGUGUUUAAUGUACUUACAUAUCUUUUAUUCUUUUUACUCAUGUGACAGAUUUAUUGAAGGAAACAAGAUUGAAACAAUCACCAAAAAUGCCUUUCGAGGUCUGCGAGAUUUGACUCAUCUGUAAGUCUGCCGUCCUCUGUCCAACAAUCCAGAUAUGAAUUAACAUCCCUUCAAACAUGUGAGAGUGAAAUAACAGUAAUAUCCUGUAAAUUGGCGUCUCUGUGUCUUUACUUUAGAUCCCUGGCCAAUAAUAAGAUGAGGUUCCUGCCCAGAGAUCUGUUUUUUGACUUGGAUUCGUUACUGGAACUGUGAGUAAGCAGUUGUUGUGUCAGCAGUGUGUGUGUGUGUGUGUGUGUGUGUGUGUGUGUGUGUGUGUGUGUGUGUGUGUGUGUGUGUGUGUGUGUGUGUGUGUGUGUGUAUGUGUGUUGGUUUCUAUUUUGUUACUGCCUUCCAAAGUGAAGCUGACUCAGGCUGUGUUUUAUUUUGCUGCAUUAGGAGAGCAGGAAUAAACAGAUUAUGUUUCCGUCCUCUUUCAUGGUUCAUCACAGUUUUGGCAUGACUUUUAUUAUGAAGUUUAUUUACAGUUUCAUGUUAGAGUGAAGCCAGUGUGAGCUGUGAGGGUUUCUUCACCGCUUCUCUCUACUCUGCAUCAGGGAUCUGCGGGGUAACUCUUUCCAGUGCAACUGUGAGAACAAGUGGUUGAUGAUGUGGCUGAAAAACACAAACGCCACAGUAUCAGAUGUCUUCUGUGCUGGACCCAGUGAUAUGAAGGGCAAGCGACUCAACGAUCUUCCGAUUCCCCCCGGGGAAUGUAUGUCCACAGGUAAAAUGACAAGCACACUCUCAGAUGCAAAACACAACAGUCAUAAAUGAACCUGCAAACUUUGGGAAAAAAGAGGAAAAAUACAAAUCAGUAAAUUGCCAAUUAAUUCAGCAGGACACUGCCAGGCAAUAGAAUGCUCUUUAAAAAACAAGCAUGUGUGCCUCUAACAACACUGACACAUGCAUGCACACACUUAUAUGUGCAGCCAUGCCAGAGCCGGCCCAAGUCUCAAUGGGGUCCGAAGCAAAAUUUGAUUUUGGGGCCCUCUAUUUCUGCCAAUAAUGAUUGUUGAUCAUUCACACACCUUCGCAAAUCUCUUUGAUUAACAUUCCAUGACAUACAAACAUACCUUUAUCUUGGUGUGUUUUCUCUUCUUCCUCUUUCCUCCUCUUUCUUUUCUCUGCUCCUGAAAGAUUUGUCCUUUUUUGCGACAUUGUUUUGCCCCACAACUACCUGCGCUUUGGAUGCUCAGUGCACAUUGCACAGCAAAAGGCACAUAACAGUAGCCGAGCUUUGACAUAUCUAAAAUGUAAUUACUUUAUUUUAUUUUUACAAUAAUAUAUAUUUGAUCAUACAGAACUCAUACAUGCAAAAAAUUAAAAAUAUUUAAAAAAAAAUUAUUUGAUUGCUCUUGGGGGCCCCCUACUGGCCGCGGGGCCCUAAGCAGGCGCUCAGUUUGCUUAUGCCUUGGGCCAGCUCUGAGUCACACACCUAAACAAGAAAAGACAAAUGUAUUUUGAGUUUUUAGGAAAAUUCUUAAGCUAGCAGAUCAUCAUGCUGUCAUCAAAGAGCUGUACAGGUCAUUUUUGUGAGCCAUAAUCUCCUCAAUUAAAAUGAAAUGGUGGGUUGCUAUUGCCUGAACAUGUUCUCUUUUGCUUUGCUAACAUGCUAACAUGCUAACAUGCUAACAUGCUAACUUUUACUACUGGGCACUAAUAGGAAACCAGAUUCUGCAGAUGGGAAAUGCUUUAGUUUUGCAGGUUUUUAACUGUACUGGGACAGAGAUAUUUGAGAACUGCUUGUGGCAUGAUUUUCAUUUUUGUGUUUAUAGAAUAACUAUAGGCAAAUUAUCAAUGUAAAUAAGCACAGAAAGUCCCAGGCUCAUUUGUUUCACUACACUGACAAUAUUUUCGAAUACUCCAAAGAUUCCCAAAGUGUGAUGGCCAUGCCUGCAACCCCACAUCCACAAACUGUCUGGAAUUUGUUUUUUUAGGCUGUGAGGUUCUCUGUUUCAGCACUUCUACUCUGUCAGCAGACUGUCAGUUUCUGUAUUUGUCUGCAUUUCACAGACUUUGUGCGUCAUCAGUCCAUUCCCAUUCAGUCCAUGUCAGCGGACAUCUUUUCCUUCAAAGAGGACAUUUAUGUGGCUAUGGCUGCCCCCAACUCCAACAGCUGUGUGGUCAUGGAAUGGGAUCACAUCGAGAUGAACUUCAGGAAAUUUGACAACAUUACAGGUUUGACAAAGUUAUUGUAAAUAGAUGAAUAUAGUGAUAGUCACCAUUUAGCAGGGAAAACGACCACAACUGACAAAGAGAUAAUCCUACAGAGAAGUCUUGUGUGCAGAGGCAAGGUCUGUGUAAUUUCCCCUCAUCAUGAAUAAAAAAAAGAAAAUGUUUCUCGAAGCGACACACGGUGCCAUUAUAACAAGCUUAGGGACUAUAGUUUUACUUUUACCUUACCCACAGAUAUGAUUCUUGUAGUAAAAACUCUUUGAACAGUGUGAAUUAUGUAUCUCUGCACCUCAGUUUGUCCCCAAUAUAUUCAUCCUUUCCUCCUGUUUGAGGAGCAUUUGGAUCAAAGUGCUCAGAAGUAAAUGGAAGUUACAAAUAUGAUGAGAACUUAGUUUCUGAUGAUUGCAUUUAUACCGUAUCUUAGGUAGGAUACAGUUACCUCAAUAAGAGCCGCAUCAAAUAUUCCAAUAGAUUGAAUAUCAGAAACAAAAAUACAUAUGUUUCCAUCAAUAUCCUCUCCUAGAGUUGAGGGCCUGUGUCCACUUGCAGCAUUCUGCAGCAUUCACAUUUGUCAACAACAGUGGCAGAGAUGUAGCCUGGCUGGGCCAUCCAGUUGUGUGAAUCACUUGCCAUUCCUUGCCACCACAGUCUGGACUUUGGCCAAUUGGGAGCGUGUAUCAGAAAUCAGAAAAUAACGCACACGUUGAAAUAUUACCAAACCUUUACUUGAUGCUUGAGAGCCCAGCAGGGAACACAGUUGCGCACUAUGAUGACGUCAGAUGUUUGGUUAUGGUGAUUGGUUACAGUAGUGUGUCUAUCAAGGAAAGUACUCCCACCCAAUUUUAGGGCUCCCAAUUGGUGGAAGUCCAGACUGUUGUGGGAAGGAACGGCAAGUGAUUCACGCAACUGGAUGGCCCAGCCAGGCUAGCAGAGAUGGAGUUACGCACAGGCUAUGUUUCCAUUCUCAGAGCUGUUGCUAAUGUCAGGACACAAUUCCUUUCCAACAUCUUGAUAUUUUUUGUGGAAAUUGCAUUGAAUAAAAGUUGUGACUAUAGGUAUAAGUGGACACAGGUUCUAAUUUAAGACAGCAUCAGGGGUCUUUUUUUGUCGUUGCUGUGCCACCACUGACAUUCUUACUUUCCUCAUAGGGAAGUCUGUAGUCGGCUGCAGAUCAGUUGUGAUCAACACCCACGUCUUGAUAAUUGUCACUCAACUCUUUGGCGGCUCUCAUAUUUACAAGUUUGACGACCAGCAGAACAAGUUCACCAAGUUUCAAACAAUUGAGGUCUUCAACAUCUCAAAGCCAAAUGACAUCGAGGUCUUCCAGAUGGAUGGUGAUUGGUACUUUUUGAUUGUGGAUAGCUCUAAAGCAGGCCUGUCCACUCUGUACAAAUGGACUGACCAGCCAGAUCGCAAUGAAACCAGUUUUUACUCCUACCAGUUUCUUCACGAGUGGUUUCGUGAUACAGAUGCGGAGUUUGUGGAGGUGGAUGGGAAGUCAUACCUCAUUUUAGCCAGUCGCUCACAGGCCCCCGUCAUGUACCUGUGGAACAAGAGCACCCUCAAGUUCAUCCUUCACGGUGAAAUCCCAAACGUUGAUGAUGUGGUGGCAGUCAAAGCGUUCCGAUUGGAGGGUGACUUGUUCCUCGCCAUGACUUGCUACAUCGGUGACUCCAAAGUCCUCAAGUGGACCAAUAAGCUAUUCACUGAUGUACAGGCUCUGCCUUCUCGAGGAGCCAUGAUCCUCCAGCCGUUUACCUUCACAGACAGGCACUACCUCGCCCUCGGCAGCGAUUACUCCUUCACGCAGAUCUACCUGUGGGACGUGGAGACCAAAACUUUUCACAAGUUUAAGGACAUUUAUGUGCAGUCGCCUCGGUCGUUCAUAGCACUGACCACUGACCGCAGGAAUUUCAUCUUCUCUCCCAGCUUUAAAGGCAAAUCUAUGGUGUUUGAGCAUAUCAUUGUAGACUUAAGCUUAUAA